UGGCUUCUGGUUUGACUGACACAGAGCUCUUGCUGGAGGAGACAGACACAGAGGAAGGUCAGAAGGAAGAGUGGACACUGGCAAAAGGAGGGGAGCCUCUUUCCUGGUCUCCUGACACCAUGGACAGCUCCCGUUAACAAAGGCACCUCUCCACUCCUGGGGCUGGGCAUCCUAUGCCCCCUUCCUGCCAGACUGGGACUUCAUCCAUCAUCCUCCAAGGGACAGUGAAGUUACACCCUAGUUCCCGUGUUGGUCUCUGAAGCUGAGAAGACAUCAGCCAACUGCCCCCCUUACUCCCAGGAUCUGUAGGCCCUCUGGACAUGACUCUCCUGGAAGGUUCCGUAGGGGUGGAGGACCUUGUGCUCCUGGAACCUCUGGAGCAAGAGUCUCUGCUCAAGAACCUCCAGCUGCGCUAUGAAAAGAAAGAGAUUUAUACCUACAUUGGGAACGUGCUGGUUUCAGUGAAUCCCUACCAACAGCUGCCCAUCUAUGGCCCAGAGUUCAUCGACAAAUACCGGGACUAUACCUUCUAUGAGCUGAAGCCCCAUAUCUAUGCGGUGGCAAAUGUGGCGUACCAGUCACUGCGGUUCCGGGACCAAGACCAGUGUGUCCUCAUCACGGGCGAGAGUGGAGCCGGGAAGACUGAGGCCAGUAAGCUGGUGAUGUCUUACGUGGCUGCUGUCUGUGGGAAAGGGGAGCAGGUGAACUCUGUGAAGGAGCAACUGCUUCAGUCAAACCCAGUGCUGGAGGCUUUCGGCAACGCCAAGACCAUCCGCAACAACAACUCCUCUCGAUUUGGAAAAUACAUGGAUAUUGAGUUUGACUUCAAGGGAUCCCCCCUUGGUGGCGUCAUCACAAACUAUCUGCUUGAGAAAUCCCGAGUGGUGAAGCAACUCAAAGGAGAAAGGAACUUCCACAUCUUCUAUCAGCUACUGGCUGGAGCAGACGCACAGCUGCUGAAGGCCCUGAAGCUUGAGCGGGACACGAGUGGCUACGCCUAUCUGAACGGGGAAGUGUCCAGAGUGGAUGGCAUGGAUGACGCCUCCAACUUCAAGGCUAUGCAGAGUGCCAUGACUGUGAUUGGGUUCUCUGAGGAGGAGAUGCGAUGGGUGCUAGAGGUGACGGCCCUGGUGCUGAAGCUGGGGAACGUGGAGCUGUCAAACGAGUGCCAGGCCAAUGGGAUUCCAGCAAGUGGCAUCUGUGAUGAGAGAGGUAUUCGGGAGAUUGGGGAAAUUGCAGGGUUGAAUUCAGAGGAACUAGAGAGAGCUUUGUGCUCAAGAACCAUGGAAACUGCUAAAGAAAAGGUGGUCACUGCACUGAAUGCCAUCCAGGCCCAGUAUGCUCGGGAUGCUCUGGCUAAGAACAUCUAUAGCCGCCUCUUCAACUGGAUAGUGAAUCGAAUCAAUGAGAGUAUCAAGGUGGGCACUGGGGAGAGGAAGAAGGUAAUGGGGGUCCUGGACAUUUACGGCUUUGAAAUACUAGAGGACAACAGCUUCGAGCAGUUUGUGAUCAACUACUGCAACGAGAAGCUGCAGCAGGUGUUCAUCGAGAUAACGCUGAAAGAGGAGCAAGAGGAAUAUAAGAGAGAGGGCAUCCCGUGGGAAAAAGUGGACUACUUUGAUAAUGGCGCCAUCUGUAACCUUAUUGAGCAUAAUCAGCGAGGCAUCCUGGCCAUGCUGGACGAAGAGUGCCUGCGGCCUGGGGUGGUCAGCGACUCCACCUUCCUAGCGAAGCUGAACCAGCUCUAUUCCAAGCACAGUUACUACGAGAGCAAAGUCACCCAGAACGCCCAGCGCCAGUAUGACCACACCAUGGGCCUCAGCUGCUUCCGCAUCUGCCACUAUGCGGGCAAGGUGACAUAUAACGUGAACAGCUUCAUUGACAAGAAUAACGACCUACUCUUCCGGGACUUGUCCCAGGCCAUGUGGAAGGCCCGGCACCCUCUCCUUCAGUCCCUGUUCCCUGAGGGUGAUCCUAAGCAGGCAUCUCGCAAACGCCCCCCCACUGCUGGGGCCCAGUUUAAGAGCUCUGUGGCCAUACUCAUGAAGAACCUAUAUUCCAAGAACCCCAACUACAUCAGGUGUAUAAAGCCCAAUGAGCAUCAGCAGCGAGGGCAGUUCUCCUGGGAGCUGGUGGCGACCCAGGCCCAGUACCUGGGACUGCUAGAGAACGUGCGGGUGCGUCGGGCGGGUUAUGCCUUCCGCCAGGCGUAUGGGCCCUUCCUGGAGAGGUUCCGACUGCUGAGCCGGAGCACUUGGCCUCGCUGGAAUGGGGGAGACCGGGAGGGGGUUGAGAAGAUCCUGGGGGAGCUGAGUGUGUCCUCAAAGGAGGUGACCUUUGGGAAGACAAAGAUCUUCAUUAAAAGUCCCAAGACUCUCUUCUACCUGGAGGAGCAGAGGCGCCUUAGAAUCCAGCAGCUGGCCACUCUCAUUCAGAAGAUGUACCGAGGCUGGCGCUGCCGCACCCACUACCAGCAGAUGCGCAAGAGUCAGAUCCUCAUUUCCUCCUGGUUUCGGGGCAACAGGCAAAAGAAACGCUAUGGAAAGAUAAGAGCGUCAGUAUUACUGAUCCAGGCUUUUGUGAGAGGUUGGAAGGCCCGCAAGGAUUAUCGAAAAUACUUCCGGUCCGGGGCCACUCUCACCUUGACAAAUUUCAUCUACAAAAGCAUGGCGCAGAAAUUCCUACUGAGGCUGAAGAACAAUUUGCCAUCUACCAAUGUCUUGGACAAAAAGUGGCCAGCUGCCCCUUACAAGUGCUUCAACACAGCUAAUCGGGAGCUGCAGCAGCUCUUCUACCAAUGGAAGUGCAAGAAAUUCCGGGAUCAGCUGUCCCCAAAGCAGGUAGAGAUCCUGAGGGAGAAGCUCUGUGCCAGUGAACUGUUUAAGGGCAAGAAGGCUGCAUACCCCCAGAGCGUUCCCAUUCCGUUCCGUGGCGACUACAUUGGGCUGCAAGGGAACCCCAAGCUGCAGAAGCUGAAGAGCAGGGAGGAGGGGUCUGUUCUGGUGGCAGAGACUGUGAAGAAGGUCAAUCGUAGCAACGGCAAGACUUCCUCUCGAAUUCUACUCCUGACCAAGGGGCAUGUGAUUCUCGCAGACACCAAGAAGUCCCAAGCCCAAACUGUCAUUGGGCUGGAAAGUGUGACUGGGGUGUCAGUCUCCCCCUUCAAGGAUGGGCUUUUUGGCUUGCACCUGAGUGAGAUAUCAUCAGUGGGUUCCAAGGGGGACUUCCUGUUGGUCAGCGAGCAUGUGGUUGAACUGCUGACCAGAAUGCACCGGGCUGUGCUGGACACCACGCAGCGGCAGCUUCCAGUCUCCGUGACUGAGCAGUUCUCUGUGAGAUUCAAGGAGAGUGAUGUGACUGUCAAGGUCAUCCAGGGGCCUCAGAGUCAUGAGAAGGGCAAGCUAAGUUGCAAGAAGAAGGGGAGUCGUGGCCUGGAAGUGACUGUGCCGUGAGGCGGUGGGGGCUUGAUGUAGAGAUGGCGGUUCCUUCUUCCUUGAUCGGCACCGCCCUACCACCCCGCUUUGUGGGAGGGUCUCACGUCUCAGCCCUCUCAUCACGGGCUGGUGCUCGGAGACGCAAGAACCCUCGAGGAGGACCGUUCUUCCCCCAAACCACCCCAAUCUUUUCUCCAAACUUAGCUUCCUUCCGCCCUCACCUUCUUUGCCCACUAAUAAAACAAAUGACUUCCCAAA